ACACACAGACAUGUCACACAUCCGUGUCACGCUCACAGAUAUGUCACCCUCACAGCAGUGUCACCCUCACAGCCGUGUCACACAUCUAUGUCACCCUCACAGCCCUGUCACUCGCACAGCUAUGUCACACAUCCGUGUCACACAUCCAUGUCACACAUCCAUGCCACUCUCACAUCCAUGUCCCGCUCACGGCUGUGUCACCCUCACAGCUACAUCACCCUCUGCAUCCAUGUCACACAUCCAUGUCCUGCUCACAACUGUGUCCUGCUCACAUCCAUGUUACAUUCACAUCUAUGUCACGCUCACAGCCGUGUCACACUCACAUCCAUGUCACACAUCCUUGUCACCCUUUACAUGCAUGUCCCUCUCCCAUCCAUGUCCCUCUCCCAUCCAUGUCACACAUCCAUGUCCCUCUCCCAUCCGUGUCCCAGCUCACAUCCACGUCACACAUCCAUGUCCCUCUCCCAUCCGUGUCCCAGCUCACAUCCACGUCACACAUCCAUGUCCCUCUCCCAUCCGUGUCCCAGCUCACAUCCAUGUCACACAUCCAUGUCCCUCUCCCAUCCGUGUCCCGCUCACAUCCACGUCACACAUCCAUGUCCCUCUCCCACCCGUGUCCCAGCUCACAUCCACGUCACACAUCCAUGUCCCUCUCCCAUCCGUGUCCCAGCUCACAUCCACGUCACACAUCCAUGUCCCUCUCCCAUCCGUGUCCCAGCUCACAUCCACGUCACACAUCCAUGUCCCUCUCCCAUCCGUGUCCCAGCUCACAUCCACGUCACACAUCCAUGUCCCUCUCCCAUCCGUGUCCCAGCUCACAUCCAUGUCACACAUCCAUGUCCCUCUCCCAUCCGUGUCCCGCUCACAUCCAUGUCACACAUCCAUGUCCCUCUCCCACCCGUGUCCCGCUCACAUCCAUGUCACACAUCCAUGUCCCUCUCCCAUCCGUGUCCCAGCUCACAUCCAUGUCACACAUCCAUGUCCCUCUCCCAUCCAUGUCCCGCUCACAUCCAUGUCACACAUCCACGUCCCUCUCCCAUCCGUGUCCCGCUCACAUCCAUGUCACACAUCCACGUCCCUCUCCCAUCCGUGUCCCAGCUCACAUCCAUGUCACACAUCCACGUCCCUCUCCCAUCCGUGUCCCGCUCACAUCCACGUCACACAUCCACGUCCCUCUCCCAUCCGUGUCCCAGCUCACAUCCACGUCACACAUCCACGUCCCUCUCCCAUCCGUGUCCCAGCUCACAUCCACGUCACACAUCCAUGUCCCUCUCCCAUCCGUGUCCCGCUCACAUCCAUGUCACACAUCCAUGUCCCUCUCCCACCCCAUAGCUGUUACACUACUGUAGCUGGGAAGCGCCCACAGCUUUUCCAAAAUAUCAGGGAAGGCCACGACCUCAAAUUUAGGUUGCAGCAGGAACAAGACAGCAAGCUGAAGGGGGAUUAA